GUAACAUGACCCAUUUCAAUAAGCCAAACAGCCCCUAGUCCAAUGUUAUCAUACGACGGCGUUGAGAAUCAUAAGCGCAAUAAACUCCGCCGCGGCCGUGAAUUUCAGUCCUCACCAUUCUUAAUUCUUAAUCAGGUUGCAUUGAUUUGAGAUAGUACAUUGUUUUCUGUUCUUGCAAGGAGGGACAAUCUGUCAGUAGAUUUAUGUGCAGUGACAUGGAGCCCAAUAAUAUUAUGGGUGACAAGUAUGAAAGCAGACUUUACAUUGGGAACCUUGAUUUUAGGAUAACAGAAGCUGCACUGAUUAAGAUGUUUUCACCAUUUGGAACUAUUGUAUCGGAGGACUUCCUAUGGCAUACUCGAGGUCCAAAACGUGGAGAGCCUCGUGGUUAUGCUUUUGUCCAGUAUCGUACCGUAGAGGAAGCUAAACUAGCAAAGGAAAAGGUACAUGGAAAGUUGGUGUAUGGUCGCCCUUUGGUAGUUCGUCUUGCUAGCGAGAAAGACUUGGUAGACGGUGCAGGAAGUUCCGACAAAGCCAUUGAUGCAAAGAAACCAGGCCUUACCGGAAGCUGUCCAGGACAACUGACCCGGAGUGCUAAAAUCGCUGCAAUAAAGAACAAAUUAAAAGAUAUGGAAGAGCAGAACCAUGAGACAAAGAGGCCAAAAAAAGAUGAAGGCAGUUGAUUCCUUUAGUUAACAAUGAAGUAAGAAUUGAAAAAGAAAAUGUCUAGAAUACAAAAAGAAAAAUGUUGACAAAGGCUCCCUUUUUCAUCUUAUAUGCACCCCAGCUUCUGUAGCUUUAAACUUGAAAGUGAAGCACCUGGGCUCUCAUGUACUAGGGAAAAUUGAUGAAAUGUAUCUCUCCAUUCCAAAUGUUUUCUAUGUUGAAGAAUCUUGAACAUUUGAUUCA